AAACAAAACAAAAACCUCCCUGCAAAUAGAAAACUAGCAGAGCAGAGAACAUUUCUCCCUGAUAGGUUAAUGUUCUACAUGAGGGCACUACCACUUCUGAAUGUCCCUCCACAUGGCAUCUUCCACCUGUAGUCUGAAGAGCUGCAGUCCAUUUGACCACCUGAGCUUUCUACCACCACAUUGGGAGCAUGAUUGGACCAGGGCUCAUUCAUUUCUGGCUGAGAGUCCCAUUUGGAUGAUGUUACACUGUGAUUUGGACACUCCAAGGGCCAUGCCUCUCUCCUCUGCUUCAAAGGAUUUGUAAAGUGCUCACUGCUUCCCCCCCACCCCCCACUGCUUCCCCAGAAAGCUGUUUGUGAUCCCUAAGCUCUUUGUAGGCCCAAAAACGUUUUGAAGCCAACAGCUAUCUCUUGUUAUGUGUCUUGUUUGUAAUAAGUGAAUCUCAUGUUGGAUGUGUAUUUCUCCUGCUGUACAGUUUGAACAAAAAGAGAUGUUUACUGCGUUGUCUCGGCAGCCCUGUGAACAAACAGCCAACAUUUCUCCUCAGGGAGAGUUUCGCUCAUAGACUCCACCGUCUGGCUUUGAAUGGCGCAAUGCAGCUCCUUCAAAGAUUGCCUCACUUGCGGGCAGAAAGUCCCCAUCCCUGAUGGACACAAAAAAAGUUUCCGAGUGCUGUACAAAAUGCCAGUUAUUGUCACCUUCAUCUUUCUGCUUUUAAGCAUUGCAAUUAUUCUGACUAUUACUCUUGUCCAGGUGAAUCAGAAAGAGGUCCUUUCUCCAGGUCUGAAGUAUGGAAUAGUACUUGAUGCCGGAUCAUCUCGAACGACAGCCUAUGUAUAUGAAUGGCCAGCAGAAAAAGAAAAUGAUACAGGAGUAGUGAGUCAGACCUUCAAGUGCAAUGUGAAAGGUCCUGGGAUAUCCAGCUAUGGAAAUAACCCUCAAGAAAUUGCUAAGCCCAUCAAUGAUUGUAUGGAUAAAGUCAAGGAGAAAAUUCCUUUUCACUUACACAGAAAUACAUCUGUCUACCUGGGAGCCACAGCUGGCAUGAGACUUCUGAGGUUGCAAAAUGAAUCAGCAGCCAGUGAAGUCCUUGACAGCAUUCAUAACUACUUCACAUCCCAGCCCUUUGCAUUUAGGGGUGCUAAAAUCAUAACUGGGCAAGAUGAAGGGGUGUAUGGAUGGAUUACAGCCAACUAUUUAAUGGGCAAUUUCUUGGAGAAAAAUAUUUGGAGUGCCUGGGUCCAUCCCCAUGGAGCAGAGACUACAGGGGCACUUGAUUUAGGAGGGGCCUCAACCCAAAUAUCCUUCAUCCCGGAGCAAAGUGCCAAAACAUCUAACAGCACACGACAGGUUCAGCUGUAUGGUUAUCCAUACAGUGUGUACACCCAUAGCUUUCAGUGUUAUGGGAGAGAUGAAGCGGAGAAAAAACUAUUAGCGUCAAUACUACAGAAUUCAAGCGAUAAAUCCAGGAUUGAAAAUCCUUGCUAUCCUCAGAAUUAUGAAACUGUUUUAACAAUGAAACAUUUGUUUGGAAGCCUCUGCACAGCAACUUUAAGACCAGAGAACUACAACCCAAGCCAGCCUGUAAAUGUCAUCGGAACUGGAGAUCCAGGUCUCUGUAGGGAGGCAGUGUCUGUAUUAUUUGAUUUUACGUCUUGCAGAGACAGGGAAGACUGUUCAUUUAAUGGAACCUAUCAGCCAAAAGUUAAAGGGAACUUUGUGGCCUUUUCUGGAUUUUACUACACAGUCAAUGCUUUGAAUUUAACCACACAGUUUUCACUGGCUGAUUUUAAUUCAAGCAUGUGGAGUUUCUGCUCACAGAAUUGGAACCAGCUUCCAUUUGUGCUACCCAAAUUUGAGGAAACGUACGCAAGAUCUUACUGCUUUUCAGCAAACUACAUCUAUUACCUUCUUGUACAUGGGUAUAAGUUUAAUGCAGAGAAUUGGCCUCAGAUACACUUUCAGAAGGAAGUUGGUAACAGCAGCAUAGCCUGGUCACUAGGCUACAUGCUUAAUCUCACCAACAUGAUUCCAGCAGAGAGCGGCAAGAUCUGGUCCCCUAUGAAUCCCUCUCUGUUUGCUGGACUCCUUUUCUUCUUCACAGCAGUGGCAUUACUCUGUCUAAUCUUCCUUGUGUACUCAUGUGUUGUGUCACGCAUGCGAAAGAACGCCUGUCAUGUUGAACAUGUAUUUGCUGCAGAAUAAAACAAGGUCAUAAUGGAGGUCUGAACUUGCGCUAACUCUUAAAUUUCGCUUUUUAAAA